ACAGCGACGAUGGCAAGAAGAGCGACAGUGACAGUAAACGGAAGAGGAAGCAGAGGAGAAACCGGACAACGUUCAACAGCACACAGCUGGCGGCCCUCGAGAGGGUCUUUGAGCGAACUCACUACCCAGACGCCUUUGUGAGAGAGGAGUUGGCUAGGAGAGUCAGUCUCAGCGAGGCUAGAGUACAG